UACUUCGUCCUUGUCAUGGCGGUUGGAAUCUGGGCGUCCGUGGUGGGGAAUCGCAGCACGGUUGGAGGCUACUUUUUGGCAGGCCGUUCCAUGACAUGGUGGCCUAUCGGAGCCUCUCUCAUGUCCAGUAACGUUGGCAGCGGACUGUUCAUCGGAUUGGCGGGAACGGGAUCAGCGGGCGGGAUCGCCGUGGGCGGCUUCGAAUGGAACGCCUCCUGGGUCCUGGUGGCUCUGGGAUGGCUCUUCGUCCCGGUGUACAUCUCUUCUGGAGUCCUCACUCUUCCGGAAUACUUAGAGAAGCGUUUUGGAGGACGGAGGAUCCGCCUGUGCAUGUCCGUCCUGUCCAUUGUCCUCUACAUCUUCACCAGAAUCUCUGCUGAUAUGUUUUCCGGGGCACUGUUCAUUCAGUUUUCCUUGGGCUGGGACCUCUACCUGUCGGCGGGAAUUCUCCUGGUGGUCACAGCUCUUUACACCAUCGCAGGUGGUUUGGCAGCAGUGAUGUACACCGACGCGCUCCAGACGGUGAUCAUGGUUGGCGGCGCCUUUGCCCUCAUGUUCAUGGCAUUCUCCGAGGUGGGCUGGUACGACGGCCUCGUGGAGCGCUACAUGUCCGCCGUUCCCUCAGUGACGGUGGCAAACACCACCUGCCACCUGCCCCGUUCGGACGCGUUCCACAUGUUCCGGGACGCCGUGUCCGGGGAUCUCCCCUGGCCCGGUCUGGUGUUCGGACUCACCGUUCUGGCUACGUGGGUGUGGUGCAUGGACCAAGUAAUCGUGCAGCGGUCCCUGUCCGCCAAGUCCCUGUCACACGCUAAAGGAGGCAGCGUUAUGGGGGGCUACCUAAAAAUCCUGCCCAUGUUCUUCAUCGUGAUGCCAGGCAUGAUCAGUCGAGCCCUGUUUCCAGACGAGGUGGCGUGCGUGGACCCCGCCGUGUGCCAGGAUGUGUGCGGGGUGCCAGUCGGCUGCUCCAACAUCGCGUACCCGAAACUUGUGACUGCACUCAUGCCGGCGGGUCUCCGAGGUUUGAUGUUGGCGGUGAUACUCGCCGCUCUGAUGUCCUCUCUGACCUCCAUCUUCAACAGCAGCUCCACCCUGUUCACCCUGGACCUCUACCACAAGGCCCGGCCUCAGGCUUCAGAGAUGGAGCUCAUGAUUGUUGGAAGGGUGUUCAUCCUGGUCUUGGUGUGUCUCAGUCUGCUGUGGAUCCCGGUGGUUCAGUUAGCUAACAGCGGUCAGCUCUUCGACUACGUCCAGUCUGUCACCAGCUUCCUGGCCCCGCCCAUCACUGCUGUCUUCCUACUGGCUAUCUUCUGGCAGCGCGCGAAUGAGCAGGGGGCGUUCUGGGGUCUGAUGACUGGCCUUGUGGUUGGGAUAGUCCGCAUGGUGCUGGAGUUCUCAUACAGCGCUCCAUCCUGCGGGGAGCCCGACCACCGUCCCGACAUCCUUCGCCAAGUCCACUACCUCUACUUCGCCCUCAUCCUGUUCGGUCUGACCUGCCUCGUCAUCGUCGUCGUGAGCUUAGCCACCAAGGCCAUGUCCCAGGAAGACCUCCACAGGUUGACCUGGUGGACCAGGCACAGCCGUGAAGCUUCAGAUCUUCCGUCCUCCAGUCCGACGGUUCCAGAGGAGGCUGCUCCUGAUCCGGACAUCCCAAGGGCCCCCGUCUGGAAGAAGGUGCUCCUCAGGCUGUGCGGCCUUGGUGGUGCUGCACCCGUGCAGACGUCAGUGUCCAGCAGUGAGCUGAUGAGCCUGUGGGAGGUGCCAAUCUGGAGGAGCGUGUGCAAUGCUAACGCGAUCCUGCUGCUGGUUGUGAAUGUGUUUCUGUGGGGCUACUUUGCCUGA